UUGCAAUUGAUACUCCAGCACUCAACAUGUCACACACCGAAGCCAUAACCUCGGUGCUGCACGCCUACGGGGCAGCUCUCAAAACCCGCAACGUCCAAGACGCAGUCGCACUCUACACCAAAGAUGGCGUCAUCAUGCCACCGCAUUUCCCCGCCAGCGUGGGCGAGGACUCCCUCCGCGAGUCGUAUACGCGCAUCUUCUCAACAAUCCACCUCCUCAUAUCCUUCCAGAUCGAGGAGAUAGUCGUCAUGUCGCCCGAGUGGGCGUUCGCCAGGACGACGGCCGAGGGCACCAAGACGAUACUGGCGACUGGGGAGUCGGAGCCGCAUUCGAACCAGGAACUGUUUAUCAUGAAGAAGGAGGGCGGGAAGUGGUUGAUUGCGAGAUAUGCGUUUUCGAGUAUGAAGCCCCUGGUUCAGAAUGGGGUGCGGAGGAGCUGAGCUAGAUGUGGAUUGAAUGCUCUGGCAGAUGAGUGCUGUACUACGACAGGCUGGUGCUCUUAGCAAUUUGUUCGAGAGAUAGAGGCACUGAAGACUAAAGCAGCCAAGGGAAA